GAAGCGAGGCCUGCUGUUUUCUCACCGCAGCCUCCUUCCUGUAGCCCGGUUGAGGAAGUGAAUUUCGCUGACAGGGCUGGGUUCAGUGAGGGAGAGGCGAAUAAAACAUCUUCCACGGGGGGGAGAAAAAAAAAAAAACAACAGAAGCAAACAAGGCGAAAAGAAGAAAGGCCGAGAGGAGCCCGGUGUGUGUCCACAGCGAAGCUAAGGUGUGCAGCCGUUGGUGAAGCCGUUCCCCGCAGAGACCGUCGCAGACAUGAACGAUCAACAGUUGGACUGUGCUCUGGACCUGAUGAGGCGUCUGCCUCCUCAGCAGAUCGAGAAGAACCUCAGUGACCUCAUCGACCUGGUGCCCAGUCUGUGUGAGGACCUCCUCUCCUCGGUGGACCAGCCCCUGAAGAUCGCCCGCGAUAAAGUGGUGGGGAAAGACUACCUGCUCUGUGAUUACAAUCGCGACGGCGACUCCUACAGAUCCCCGUGGAGUAAUAAGUAUGAACCUCCCAUUGAAGAUGGAGCAAUGCCUUCGGCUCGGUUGAGGAAACUGGAGGUGGAAGCUAACAACGCCUUCGAUCAGUACAGAGACCUGUACUUUGAGGGUGGGGUGUCCUCCGUGUACCUCUGGGACUUGGAUCAUGGCUUUGCUGGAGUUAUUCUCAUUAAAAAGGCCGGAGACGGAUCCAAGAAGAUUAAAGGAUGCUGGGACUCUAUUCACGUGGUGGAAGUGCAGGAGAAGUCUAGCGGUCGCACCGCUCACUACAAACUCACCUCCACCGUCAUGCUGUGGCUCCAGACAACCAAGACCGGCUCUGGCACCAUGAACCUGGGCGGCAGCCUGACAAGACAGAUGGAGAAAGACGAGACGGUUGGAGACUCCUCGCCUCAUAUCGCUAACAUCGGCCGCCUUGUUGAAGACAUGGAGAACAAGAUUCGUUCCACACUGAAUGAAAUCUACUUUGGGAAGACCAAGGAUAUCGUUAACGGCCUAAGGAGUGUUCAGAGUCAGGCCGACAAGCGGCAGCAGGAGGCUCUGAAGGUCGACCUAAUGGCGGCGCUCCAACGCAAACAUAACGGCUAGAGAAGCUACUGUUGGUUCUCCUCUCUCACCCUCUCUCCCUCAUCUCUGCCAUCUUUUCUCCGUUUCUUUUCGUCUCUCUCCCUCCAUACCCGUUUCAGUGACGCGCUCUUUUUAUUUGUUGAAAACAAAAAGGAAAAAAUGCUUUUGCUUUUUAUGUUGUCCCCCCCCCCCCCCCUCCCUGUCUUUAUGUUUCUUUGCAUCUGAUCAGCCAUUAAGCCAUUCAGUCACGCUUUGUUUCUCUCUGUCUACCAUGUUAAUAUGAUAGUAUUACCACGGUUAACAAUAAUCCUGCAGUGUGAGGAUCCUUGUAGUAAUUAUCCCUGGUUUAAAACAAAAAAAAAAAUUGAAACACGAGCGACUCUGGACCCGGACACAGACUGAACCGUAGUUGCUGUAGGCUUGACGGUGGUAUCAUCAUCAUCAUCAUCAUCAUACUCAUCGGAUUUAUCUCCCGCACCUAUUUUGUCUACGACUCCUCCCCCUGAUAUAUUUGUAUAGAAUAAUAACGGUCCACGUAUAUCUGUCAGCCUUCCAAGGGAUGUAAACACGAGGGCGGCCUUUUCUUUCUGCACAACCAGGUUUUUACACUUAGUUUGACUCUUUCUGCAUGCAUGUGAGCCUGUGUGGGAGCACGGGGAUGGACUGUGAUAAUCACCCUCGCCACGACACCCCGCCCCCAAACAUGCACACGGAGAAAAACAUGAGUUACUUCCUCCUCUCUCCAGCUCUUCUCUCUCUCUCUCUCUUUCUCUAUACUGAUUUUUGUUGGGGGUCACCGUUUGUCUUUGUCUCAGAGGAAGCAUUUGUUUCCAUUUUGGAGGGGAAUCUUUUGUUUUUUGUUGUUUUUUUUUUUUGUUUUUUUUUUGUAAAGCUUAUGAUUCAUAUUGUAUUAGAGCCUCCAGCAACAAUAAAAACUGUAAAAGCUA